AUGGAUUCGUCAUGGCACCUCCUCCCGCAAGACCUACUAGACCUGCAAAUCGGCCAAAUCGACCUCCUCCUCGCAAUGUACCCAGACGACCUCACCCUCUCUGACACCGCGCACUCGACCCUCGCCCUGCUCCGUGACGACAGCGACGGAGAAAAAAGCCAAGAAGCCAUAAAAUCCAGCCCAAGCAUUUCCGCUACUUUGGACCUUUCCAUUUCGCCUCCGGAAACAGCCCCAUCAAGCAGCACACCGCAAACCCUGCGCUUACACCUCACCAUCCCAUUUACCUACCAGGACAUUCCGCCUACAGACCCGCCUGCAGUCAAAGUCCGCGUGCAACAACCAACCUGGCUCAGCAAAGCGCAAACAAUGCAUUUGACAGCAUCACUGCCAAACCCCUCCUCCCUCCUCGACACCCUCGACAUCAUCCUCGAAAAAGCCUCCUCGUACCUUUCCUCGCCUACCCCCUCCUCCCCUUCCCCCCCAACAUCAUCACCAGAACCGUUAGUACGAGCCUGGUUCCUCUUCCCCUCCAUCUCCACACGCUCCAAGCGCCUCGACCUAACCACGCACGCGCCCCGCUACUCGCUCACCGGCUUCCUCUUUGCCGGGAAACCCGGUUUGCUCUGUGUCGAAGGCGCAUCUGGCGAUAUCGACGCGUAUAUGCGGUUUAUCAAGACGGAGAGUUGGGGCGAUAUCCCGGCGUAUCAGAAGAAGGUGAGUGAGCGGUGGAGGGAGGUUGGGGUUAAAGGGAGGGUGUUUGAGGGUAUGAGCGAGAUUACGGAUCAAGUGGGGGAGAGGAGGGGGGAGAGGGGGAUGAGGGGGGAUAUGGGGGGGUUGGAGGAGUGGUUGGUUGGGCGGGGGGUGGGGGAGGCGUUUGCGAGGGUUUUGAUGUAG